CAUACUACGUAUACGCAGUACAGUGAGUGUGGUACGGAUAUUUGUCUCUUCUCCAAUGCAUUGUCCUAACGAAUCUGUCUUCAAUGCGGAUGCCUAUGAGUCUGCACUCUGGACAGAUGCAGACGGGCACACCAUUCCCCAUAUAUUUGCGCAAGCCUUCAUCAAACUGUCUGCUCGUCAUUCCCAGUCCCAGACAUCGCUCUCAGAAGACUCGGAGCCGUGCUUUCACUCUCCAAAGUUUGAACAAGCUCAUCCCCGUCCAGUGCUGUCCAGUGUCGUCAUGGUCCAUCUAUCUAGCCCUCAACCUCUAUUCACCCGCGACGCGGCUUACGCAGCCCCCACACUCCCUCAUCGCGGCUCACCAUGCAUCCCUUGCACUUCUUCCCGAAAGCUGUUCUGGGUGUUUCGCGACCCUGGACCCCUGACAUUGACGAGCACUGUUGAUUUUGAAUGCUUCGACCGGUUCCAGACGCAUCAAAGCAAAUGGGCAAUGUGCUUCACAUAUACCGUUCCCAAACGAUGACUGCGGACGAAUCUUGUCAUAACCUUGGUCAUGUCACGGAGCGAAUGCAGCUCUAGGCCAGCUACGAGUCUUUGACUACGCAAACGCAUUCAUGGGUCAGGAGCUGGGCGUUGAUGAAAGGCUUUCUGAGAGCUGGCAAUUCUCUCCAUCAACCGUCAACGUGUGAUCGGGAACCAACCUGCCAGGUUACUCCGCAUC